AUGAAGGGGUGGAAAGAUAGGUUUCAUUCGAGGGCUCAAAAAGCAGUUUUAAUCAAGGAAGUUGCUCAGGCUAACUCGUCCUAUAUUAUGAGCUGUUACAAGCUCUCUGAAAGUGUGUGUCACGAACUUGAAUCUUUGCUGGAAAAAUUUUGGUGGGGCAUGAAAGAAAAUAAAAGAAAGAUUCACUUGCUUAGUUGGGGAAAGCUAUCCCGUGCUAAAAGGAGAGGAGGUUUAGGCUUCAGAGGCUUUAGCGAGUUCAAUGUUAGUUUCUUGGGCAAGCAUUAUUGGAGGUUGCUAAAGGGGGAGAAUACUUUGGUAGGGAAAGUGUUUAAGAGUAGAUAUUUCCCAAAAUGCUCUCUUGAGGAUAGUCUGGUUGGUUUCAACCCCAAUUAUGCUUGUAGAAGCUUUUUCAGUGCUAGAGAUCUGGUGUUGAGGGCUGCUAGAGGGGUGGAUCAGAAUACUAAAGUUAAGGGGUUUAUUAACAGUGAUCUUGGAUGCUGGAAGAGGGAGUUUAUUCAUAACACUUUUGAUCCAGUUGAAGCCCUUCAGAUUAUCAGUAUUCCUCUCUCCCAAAGGGAUACUCAAGACAAACUGAUUUGGCAUCACGAAAAACUGGUGAGUUUAGAGUGA